GGUCGUGAAACAUUAGGAUAUUUCCCGUUGUCGAACCUUUCAUUUACGUCGGUUACGCUGGUGAAAUCUUGUUUUGGAAGUUCGUGGCACUGAAGUCUGAGAAUUAGGGCCUUGCUGCUGUGCGAGAAGUUUGCUAUUUUGGCGUUACGGCGUGCUUCCUGCUCGCUUGAGGGCUUUCUAUUACCAGUUACGAGACUUGGUGCUGUUGGUGCUGACAAUAAUUCGUGCAGGUGUGGCUCUCACCACGUGCUGAGGCACCAUGCCGUCCGACGUGCGUGAUCCCCGCGAGAGGGAGCGGGACAGGGAGCGGGACAGGCUGCGCGACCGCGACAGGGAGGCCCGGAAACGGCCCAGGAGCCGGAGCCGUUCGCCGGGCCAGAAGGAGCGCCGUGACAAGGAACCGCUUCGGGACCGCGACCGGGACCGAGACAGGGACCGCGGCAAGGACCAGGACCACGACAGGAGCCGGGACCGCGGCAGAGAGCAGGACCGCGACCGGGACCGAGACCGAGAUCGGGACCGAGACCGGGACCGGGACCGGGACCGGGAUCGAGAUCGGGACCGGGACCGGGACAGAGACCGGGAACGCGGUCGGCGCCGCUCUCGUUCCCCACGCGGGAGUAAGGAGCGCUCGCCCGAGGCCACGGACGACAGCUCGGCCGUGAAGCGAGAACCCCUCUCGCUGGAGGAGCUGCUGGCCAAGAAGAAGGCCGACGAGGAGGCCAAGAGCAAGCCCAAGUUCCUGACCAAGGAGGAGCGGGCGGCGGAGGCGCUGCGGAAGCGUCAGGAGGAGGUGGCGGAGACACGUCGCCUGCAGGAUGAGGAGCGCCAGAAGCGGAUGCAGUUCCAGACGGAGGGCCAGCGCAGUGUGGAGCAGCAGCGGCGGCAGCAGCGGCAAGAGACCUACCGACGACCGCAGCGGCCCGACCCGCGCGGCGACCGGCACAAACACGAGCCAGGGGGGGAGGUGAGCAAGGACAAACAGCGCGAGGAGCAAGCCAUCCGCGAGCGUUACCUGGGCCUCGUGAAGCGAAAGCGGCGGGUGCGCCGGCUCAACGACCGCAAGUUCGUGUUUGACUGGGACGCCGGCGAGGACACGUCCACCGACUACAACCAGCUGUACAAGGAGCGCCACCAGAUCCAGCUGUUCGGCCGCGGUCAUAUCGCGGGCAUCGACAUCAAGACGCAGAAGAAGGAACAGACCGAAUUCUACGGCGAACUGAUGGAGAACCGCCGAACCGCCGCAGAGAAGGACCAGGAGGUGCAGAGGCUGAAGAAGGUCAAGCGGCGAGAGGAGAAGCAGCGCUGGGACGACCGCCACUGGUCAGACAAGGAGGUGGAGAACAUGACGGAGCGCGACUGGCGCAUCUUCCGCGAGGACUACAACAUCAGCAUCAAGGGCGGUAAGGUGCCGUGUCCGAUCCGCAAGUGGAAGGAGAGCGGCAUCCCGCGUGACAUUCUGGAGGUCGUCGACAAGGCCGGCUAUCGGGAGCCGACGCCCAUCCAGCGGCAGGCCAUCCCCAUCGGCAUGCAGAACCGCGACAUCAUAGGCGUGGCGGAGACCGGCUCGGGCAAGACGCUGGCCUUCCUCAUUCCGCUGCUGGUGUGGAUCCGUAGUCUGCCCAAGAUGACGCUGAUCGAGGACCAGGACCAGGGCCCGUACGCCAUCAUCAUGGCGCCCACGCGCGAGCUGGCGCAGCAGAUCGAGGAGGAGUCCAACAAGUUCGGCUCCCCGCUCGGCAUUCGCACGGUCGCCGUCAUCGGCGGCCUCAGCCGCGAGGACCAGGGCUUCAAGCUGCGGCUGGGCUGCGAGAUCGUCAUCGCGACCCCCGGCCGCCUGAUCGACGUACUGGAGAACCGCUACCUGGUGCUCUCGCGCUGCGUCUACAUCGUGCUCGACGAGGCCGACCGCAUGAUCGACAUGGGCUUCGAGCCGGAGGUGCAGAAGAUCCUGGACCACAUGCCCGUCUCGAACGCCAAGCCGGAUACGGACGAGGCCGAGGACGAGGACCACCUGAUGGAGAACUUCAAGUCCAAGCACAAGUACCGGCAGACGGUCAUGUUCACGGCCACCAUGCCGCCGUCUGUGGAGCGGCUGGCGCGCAACUACCUGCGCCGGCCGGCCGUCGUCUACAUCGGUGGCGGCAGCAAGCCGGCGGAGCGCGUCGAGCAGAUCGUGCACCUGGUCACCGAGUCGCAGAAGCGCACCAAGCUGAUGGCCAUCCUGCAGAAGGGUAUCGACCCGCCAAUCAUCAUCUUCGUGAAUCAGAAGAAGGGCGCCGAUGUGUUGGCCCGCGGCCUCGAGAAGCUCGGCUACAACGCGGCCACGCUGCACGGCGGCAAGGGCCAGGAGCAGCGCGAGUUCGCUCUCGGCAGUCUCAAGGCGGGCAGCAAGGACAUCCUGGUAGCGACAGACGUGGCCGGCCGCGGUAUCGACAUCAAGGACGUCUCCAUGGUCAUCAACUACGACAUGACCAAGACCAUCGAGUCGUAUACGCACAGGAUCGGCCGCACAGGCCGAGCCGGCAAGAACGGCGUGGCGGUGACCUUCAUCACGCAGGAGGACUCGGCCGUGUUCUACGACCUGAAGCAGCUGCUGGUGAACUCCCCGAUCAGCCAGUGCCCGGCCGACCUGGCCAACCACCCGGACGCCCAGCACAAGCCCGGCACGGUCAUGAACAAGAAGCGCAAGGAGGAGAAGAUCUACGUUUAGCGCCGGCCGGCCAGGCGGCCGGUACCGAGCCUCGGACCUGGGCAGCCUCGGACGCCGCCGGUGCGCGGGAUGCAGUGCGCGGCGCGCCGGCCGCGGGUCGGGACCGGCCCCCGCGUCCGGCUGGGUCUGUCGGCGCCAGACCGUCGUCCGGAGGGUAGUGCGG